GCUAAAAAGUCUAAGAUACAGUCAGAUGCGCAACUUUUUUUGUGAAUGAAAAGGAAGAAGGGGGUCAGUCCCGGACAGGCUCUAAUUUCGUCCUGUUGGGGCCGCCGUCCCACCGGACACUCUGGACCAUGACCUUGGACAGGAAACCCACGGAAGAGACGGACACUGGCGUGGAGGGUCAGACAGACGGCAGCGACGAUGUGAAGCAGGCAGAUUUUUCAGUGUUUAGUGAAGGCCGGACAGAUUUGGCUCCAUCCUUGACUCCAGAAGAGCGUGAAGAAGGAGGCAUUGGAGUCCGGCUGCAGGAUGGUCCAGACAGGAGAACCGCCUCGGUGAAGCCUCCGUACUCCUACAUCGCUCUCAUCACCAUGGCCAUCCUCCAGAGCCCGAAAAAGAGACUCACUCUCAGUGAGAUUUGUGAUUUUAUCAGCCAGCGCUUCGCGUAUUAUCGGGAGAAGUUCCCUGCGUGGCAAAACUCAAUCCGUCACAACUUGUCCUUAAACGACUGCUUUGUCAAAAUGCCCCGGGAGCCUGGGAAUCCCGGUAAAGGGAAUUAUUGGACCCUGGAUCCCAUGUCGGCUGACAUGUUUGAGAACGGGAGUUUUCUUCGCCGGAGGAAACGCUUCAAGAGGCAGCAUCUGUAUUUGGGGACGCUGAAGGAGUCCAGGGCGCAGGAGCGCAGCCUGAUGCCAUUUUUUCCGCUCCUCGGAGCGCACAGGAUGACUUCUAGUCUCCAGACUCCUGAUCUGUACCGUGAGCUGGGCUUAGUAAGUCGUCUCGGGUCCCACGUUAUUCCCAACAUCCCACCUGUAAGCAGCAUCAUUCCUGCGCUCUCCUCGCUCCUCUCCAAGAGUUUCUCUUCUAGUCAAACCUUUGAACAUUUCGACCCGGGACGCUGCGCCGCGGUGCCAUCUUUGAAUACAAACUCUGCGUUCAUGCCUGCUGUCCACGGAGUGAUACCCAACUACCCCGUUUCUCAGCUGCCCCUUUUCCCCACUGGGAUCAUUAAAGAUUCGUCUAAUUUAAUUUAAUCAAAUGCCGAUCGCCUCAUUUGAACUUUCUCUCUGCCUUAGAACAAACUGACGGUACAAAAUGUAAAAUAAUAACCUUUUUCACUUGGGCCUUUACACAGGCCGCCAUAUUUAGCAAUGUAAUUGCUCGAAAUAAAUGUUUUCUUAUAAUAAAUAUUUUACAAUUAUGUUAUUCUUGCUUGAAAUAAAACGUGAUUGGUUUCAGUUUAGUGUCUGUGCUACUUCACUUAAAAAUAAAAGAGUUUAUCAUAAUCAUUUAGACACUAUCAAAUAAUGCCGGUUCAUUUUUAGCAACGAUGAGAAAAAGACUGGUGUCUUGUUUUAUAUAUUUGUGAGACUUUAAACAAAAUUCAAAACUUGACUUAAUCAAAAUAUUUACGUGAAAACAACAGAAUGAAAACAGAACAAACACAAGAAUUAUUUAGAACAAAUGUAUUCAGGAUUGUUCAUGUAAUCUCAAAUAACUAAUUAUAUAAAGACAAUCCUACUAAUUAAAGCAGAAUGUUGGUGGACAAAUGAGGCCUCUAUAAAUUUUCAGAGGGGAAUAACGAAAAAUUAAUAUUUUAACAAAACAAAAAAAAAUAAAACGAGAAAUGAGUCAAUGUGACAAUAUUUCUGCAUUUAUUCUGUUUCGCUGUGGAUGAUUGUCUUUAUUAUAAGUUUAGGCUUGUGCACAUGUCUUGUCUCCCUCCGCUGUUUAUUGGUUGUCUGAGUGUGUGCGUUUGUGAAAUGUUCCACUUCACGUUUGAAAGAAAAAGGCCUGCUUUGGUCAAAACAUGUCUUCAUGUUACAAUACACGCUGUCAACCUAAAUAAGUAGCAUAUGACAGUGUUUGUUCUGCUCUCUGUCAGCAUGAAUAUCAAACACAUCUGCUCAUCUGGCCGUCAUAUUAGUGCAAGUUAAGUUCAGUGGUGCUGUUUGCGUUGCUGUUAUGCUCAAGACGAAUGCUGCAAAUCUGCAAAAUACACAAACCGGUAUUAAAUGUAUUGAAAUUGAAAGUAAACUGGCCCUGAUGCAAAAUCAGAGCAUGCAUUGUGUUUAAACUGUUUAAUCAAUGUGGCUUUAAGUGGACUUUGUUGGACAAUAAUACAAAUGCAUAGGCGAAAAAGUAUGAGUUUGUGCAGGGAUGUAUAAGGGUGCGUGUAUUUAUCUGGCAAUUGGAUUUUCCGUUCUGUAACGGGUAUUGAAAAACAAAAAACGAGUGGUUAUUUGAUUUUCGUUUUAAAAUACAAAAAUUAAAAUUGAAAUACAAGGCGUUUUUCCUUUUCAUGAUCAAAAAGGGAUGUACAAAAUUUUUAAAAUGCUUUGAUUUUCAUUUUAUAUUUAGAAUAACAAAAAAAUAAAAUCAGUAAGAGACAGAAACGAAAAAAAGUCUUUUUUUUUCCAUUUUCUGAGACCGGAAGUGGUCAUCAGCAAGUGUGGAGCCAAACGACAACAAGAUUCUCAGAGGGCGGAGCAAGAGAGCAGCGAUUGGUCAGACCAUAGAUAAUAUAGAAGACAGCGCGCUAGCAUAGCUAGUCUAUGUAUAUUUAUGGUCAGCACGUCUGGUAGCAUCUCUGGCUGCUGUUGAUCUUGUUUUUGGAGUAAAACACGGUGGAAGCUGAAUUAGUGAGGAUGACUCCUGCUCCUGUCAUCUCUAAGCUCCUCACACAUCUUUACCUGCACAUGAGGAAAAUCACUCCUGUAGAAUGCAGGUAUGUUUGUCAUUAUUAUAAAAAGAUGUUGCCUGGUGACCUGUCAGAAACCCAUUAUACAGAGUCAGCCAAAAUAGUGUUUACACACAUCAGGAAAAGAAAAACUUGCAUAAAUAUUUCAAUACCAAAUUUAUUCAGACAUCACGAGAUUAAUACAAGUUAUCUUUUUAUUCAGACAUCACAAGAUUAAUAAAAGUGGCCACUGGCUUCCAGACAUUUCUGUUGUGUUGUAGACGUCACUUGUUGAUGCUCCAUUCAUGAGGGUAGCGCCAUCUGUUGGGAAAACAUCGUACAACAGGACACAGUUAUCGUGAUUUGAUCAAACUUAGAAAGAGGAAUCUAUAUGUAUAGAAGUACUUAUACAAAUGAAAUAUUUAUAAAA